UUGAGUAGGAGGAGCUAGGCCCAAGCCACAUAAUUCUACACUUAGUGUAGAAUUCUGUGGCCCAAGCACAGAGGAUUUCCGAGUCCACGGCGUUUGGUCUGCUAAAAAUAGAAGGAAAUAGGUCACAUGACGUGACAUGACAUGAUCAUGUGAUUUCCUAAAGUGUUGGAGGAAAGCAAAACAAUGGAUAGGCUAGCGGAUAGGCCUAGGCUAGGCUAGGCUAUGUGAAAACUGUAUUUCUGGGGCAUGCUUAGGUCAAUGAACUGUGGUCACAGUUAGCAUGACUCGAGUCCAGUGUCACAAUACAGGUGUCACGGUACCACUCGCUGGAGUUGAUCACACGUAUGCCUUUCUCUUCAAACUGCCGGUGGCUACUCACCCGAGAGUCGAGAAUUUUCGGCCCAGUCUUGCAAGACCAGCUUGAGUGUGGCGAGUGUGACUGUGAGUUGUGAGCGUGAGCAGACGCGAAGCAUCAUGGCAACGGGCGGUGUAGAUCUAGUUGAAGUUGAAGAUUGGCGCACGACGAACCAAGAUUUCCACUAUGACAAGUGGCGAAAAUGCAACGUUUGUGACCACGGCUAUAAAGCGCCCGUCGCCCUGCCAUGUCUGCAUACAGCUUGUUACAAUUGUCUGCUCAGGCAUAUUCACGUUCAGCGGAUACAGGUUACAAAUCAAGUCAAUGAAGCCCAGGGGAGGUACAUCUUUUUGAACUUUCCCGAGGUCUUCACCUGCCCACAAUGCAGCUUUCCUUUGUAUGUGAAGAGAAAAAUGGACAAGCUGAAGAUCAACACUCGCCUUUUGAGACUGACUUUUCAGCAGCGAUAUAGAUGGCAUACUUGUAACAACAAGGACUUCAUCAUAGAAUAUUCAGGGGAGGCGAAAAUGUAUGACCUGAUCUACCAAGAGCCCUUGGACCUGUCAACAGCAAGCCCUCCAUCCAGCUCAGAUGAGUUUGAGGGACGAGCAGACAAUGACCAGAGUCAGGGUGCCUCUAGCCAAAGUGAGGGAAAUGGUGAAAGAAACAAUGAGGGAAACAGGGGUCAGGAUGGCGGGAUUGAUACUCGGGGUAGAUUGCCAGAGGAACAAGAGCAGUAUGACGAUCGUGCUAUUGAAGGCAGUUCAGAUCCCACCUUUGUAACCAGAGGUAAGGAAACCUCUGAGGGUCAGGGUUUGGAGAGGGUUGAAGAAGGUGGAAGCAGUGGAGGGAGAAGUAAUGAAGGCAGUGGUGGCUCGGAAGCUGACAGGGAGAGUGUUAGUGGGCGAAGUGCAGGUAGUAAAGGCAGAGGCUGUGCUGUGGGAAGUGGUAGUGAUACUGUGGGUAGUAGUGGUGGUAGUGGAGAUGAUUUUGUUAGGGUUGGUAGAGGGGACAAUGUUGCUACAAGUGGGAGCGAGGGAGAUAAAGGAACUGGAGAGGAAAAGAGUUACGGUUUAAGUGCGUCAGACGGCAAUGUGAAUCGAGGGAAUGAAGAGGAGGAGCUACAGGGGGCAGUCGGAGGUGUUGAGGAGAAGAGUUUAUCUCAGAGAGUAAUGGAGCUGCAUGGGGUCCGCCAAGGCCCAAACCCACUGAGUCCAGAGACAGAUGAUUCCCCUGGCUCUGACUCUGAGGUUUGGGGCAAGCCUAAAAAGCCAAGUUCCAGGGAAAGCCCUGAUAGCGAUCCCACUGAUCCAGAGGAGAAGUAUGUGACCUCUGAUGACCCCACUGUCAGGAAGACCCUCAAGGAUCGAAAGUCUCGACGUUUGAAGACAGCUUGUAUCUUUCGCGAACAUCUCGCUCAUGUGACUCGCCAUGUUCCCUAUGACAGGGUGGAGGCUCUGACCAAUGAUGACUCAUAUCCUCCAGGAAUACAAGCAGCACAGCUGCUCCAUCAGUACGACCUUGGCUUUGGCCACGGGGAACUGGAGGUCAUUCACCCUAUCGCCAUUGGGCUCAACCCCCGCACAGGACACUUGGUAGUGGCUGACAGCACUCUGAGUAAGGCUGUCAUGUUCAGUAAGCCAAACUGCCCUGUAGGAGCCAAGAGGAUUGACAACCCGGUCAGCGUCUGUUGCUUCAUGAAGCAGUCAGACCAUUACCGGGAAGAGCGUUUCUGCUUUGGGGGCCACUCACGAACGAGCCACGAGAUCAAAUUGUUCUGUGUGCCGUUCAAAUCACCAUCUCAGAUGACGGUGAUCUCCCAGCCCAUGCGGGAUAUAUCAGGCCUUCUGAUGCGUGGGCCACUCAACCGCCUGGUCAUGUGCCUUCCACACACAAAUGACGUCUUUGCCGAGACAAAUGAUGGUCGCCACAGGAUUAUCGCCAGUGGCAAAAGUCAAGGUCUAUUCAACCCCACACACAUCAUCGAGGGUCAUGACGAGUUCGAGUUGUUACUGGCAGACACCAACAACCACCGUAUUGUGAAGCUGUUUGGCCCAGACUUCAUGGCUUAUUCCACUUACGGCCGCUUUGGCAGCCUCCCAGGACAGUUCUUCUACCCCCUGGGACUGGCACUGGACAGCAAAAAGCGGCUGUUUGUUUGUGAUGCUAACAACUACAGAGUGCAGGUUCUCGACAAGGACUUUGAAUUUGAGAGCGCUCCGAUCAUCCACACCUUCAACCUGGGUAGGUCGGUCACCCAGGACGUGAAGCCUGUAGAUUGUGCAGUUGACUCCCGUGACAGACUGACUGUCCUCUUUACUGGACGUGAGUUUGCUGCGAUUCAGGUGUACCGCUACCUCCAGCCGCUGCAUGUCAUUACCCAGGGUGACAAUCUCAUCGUUGUGGAGCCGAGCUGCUGUGAAGAAAAUUGUACAUCGUGCUACCUGUGCUGCCGGCGGUGCUGCUGCUGCUGUGACUCGGACGACGAGGUCAGUGGAGGGGCACGCAGAAGGGAGGACUACGAGCGCUUGGCUUGAGGGCCCACUUGACUGGCCCUCUGGACAUGAUGAGGAACUGACCUAUCUCUCCAAAACAAAUUAUUUACAGCAUUUUAUAUCUAUAUACUAUAUAUAUAUUUUUUGGUAUAGUGCCUUGUUUAUUUUCAACAAAGUAAUGUUCCACUCAAAGUGUGCCUUCCCAUUUCAGUCUAGCAUGAAUCUUGCAAUGUUAUUUUCUACUAUAUUAUCAUCACGGUCAUAAUAAGAUUGUCUAGGAAAUUUUUGUUGUUUUGAGAAAAUCUGAAAAAACAGUGUUUCCUGAAGUCAACCUUACGACUUAAUGAAAGAUAAAAAUGUCUUAAUGAAUUUUUAGUACGGUACUCUAAACAUAGACAAAACAAAACAAAGGACAGACAUUUUGAGGUUACCAAUAACUUGAAACCUAAAAAUUUACUUAGGCAAUUGUAUUAUGACCGUAAGCAGUUGAUGUAUUUUUAUCUUGCCAUUGGCUCAAUUUUUUUUAUUAUGGAGGGUAUCUGUCCCGUAUAUAUAUAUAUUUAUACUGUUGUUUUGCUCUGUGAUAUGAAAAGUCAAUUCUUGUAGCAUCUUUAUUGAUUUAAUUUGACUCUUUAUCUUACACAAAAGGUGUAAGUUCAAUUCCUUUGUUGCGAAGAUGUUUUAUCAAGUAUCUUCAUUUAUUUGCUGGGAUGUUUCCUACUCCACCUGGGUUGGCCACUGCCAACUGGGUAAAAGCAGCCUGCUUCCUGAAAUAAUCAAAAUUGUGUGAUGUGGGGGUACAGCAUUGACAAUGAAAAGGGACUGCAUCUUUCUAGAGAUAAACAAUUUUACACUUUUGCCUUUCUUUAAUCUAGCAAAUCGUAUAAAAGAAAUAUUUCGUUUUCUGUUUUGAGGCAAGAGUG